UUAACGUUUGUUUACUUUCUAGUGGCAUUCAAAAGAAUAGAUAGAUAACUCUAAAUUCCCAAAACAUGUCACUACAAUGCUACUUGGACAAGCCAAUUUGCUUGCCCUAAGUACGUUAAACAAUGUAUGAACAAUAAAGUUUUGCGGUGUACUGGACUUGCAUUAUGUUUAAAAAUUGAUAAACAGUGUUUUUCAUGGUUGCAAAAGUGAGGGAUGCAAAUGCAACCGCAAUUUAAGAAAGACCCACCAGCUGCUUAGAGAGCCACUAUAUAUUGCAAUGGAUUGACAAUUUGUCCUUCUUUAUUCCGUGUCCAUUUUUUAAUAUAAAUUUUUUUAAAUAAUCUUAUCACUUUCUUUUGUUCUUCUUCCAUUAUUGUAGUUUUGUCUACUCCCUCUAAACAGAUACCCACUUUUCCUUUGUUUUUGUUCAUCAUCUUCUUCCUCCUCUGGGAACAAGUGUUUUUACCCAGCAACCUGUACUGCAUGUUCUGAAACAUUAUGUAACACCAUUCACGUUAAUCUUUGAUGUCUCCCUCAGGCUUUGUUGGUCUAUUUUUUUCUCCCUGGGUACGAGCUAUAGUGAUAGGUCUCUUCAGAGCCACUAAGUGGCCUCACAUUGCUCCUGUAAACCUAUCUUGUUGAUCCCCACACCCUAAAAAAAGAACAUAAUUGGCAGACCCUUUACACAUUUCCCUCCCUUUAAGGGUCUUAUGGCAGCUGGGAAGAUUAGACAAACAGAGUCUCUCUUUCGCCAUCAGUCUUUCUCUCAGACUCCCUACAUCCACAGCAUCCCUGGCCACACGCCUUUACCAUUACCCAGUAGCUUUAAGAGAGUGUGCGGAAGAUUCAGUUGAAAAAGAUCCUCACUAAGAUCCAAGCGUUUCUGACAAGUCCAUCAUGAGUACCUUUGGGUACCGAAAGGAGCUGAAGAAGUAUGAAUCAGUGGAUGAAGAUGAGGUGUUGGCUGGCUUGUCGUUUGAAGAGCUUCAGGAGCUGGAGAGGGAGCUGGCGGAUAUGGACCCGGAUGACAACGUACCUAUCGGGCUGAGGCAGAAAGACCAGACCGCCAAGACCCCCACAGGCACCUUCUCCAGAGAGGCACUGCUGAAAUACUGGGAGGACGAGACACGCAAACUGCUAGAGGAUGACAGAUCUGAAUCCUUCCCUGAACAUGAUAGAAUGGAGGAAGGACAGACUGAUAAGAGCGAAGAGGAAGGUGUGACAGAGAGUGACAGUAACAGCACAGAGUCUGAGGACAGUGAUGAGGAAGAGGAAUGCCAAAAUGGAAGGGAAGAGAGCGAAGACGAGGCAGGUGAGGAUGAGAAUGGUUCAAUUGAGGCUGAAAAUGAAGAGGAAAAGAAGGACAAAUGCAAACAGGAGCCUUUACCAACUUCUGGUAGACAUGGGCAGAACGCUGUUGACCACCUGUCAAGAAACCUAGGGAAUUGUUCUGAAAGGGGAGACUUGAGAAUGACAAUGACUGACCAAAACCUAAAUGUGACUACAGAGAGACCUUGUGGGAACCCUAUUGUGAUUGACGAGGCACUUGAACGGAUCCUUCGCGAUGAUCCCACGAUGAGCGAGCUCAACUUCAACAACAUCGAAGACAUCUCUCAGGAGACCUUGCUGCGUAUCUCCGAAGCACUGAGCGCCAAUACACACGUACGUGUUUUUAGCCUUUCUAACACUCGAGCCAAUGACCGGGUUGCCUUCGCCAUCUCCAAGAUGCUCAGAGAAAACUGCUCCAUCACCAACCUCAACAUUGAGUCCAACUUUGUGUCCGGCCAUGGAAUCUUGGCUCUGUUGGCAUCGCUCCAACAAAACAGUACUCUGGUGGAGCUGCGCUUCCACAACCAGAGGCACAUCUGCGGGGGGCAGGUUGAGAUGGAGAUGGUUCACCUCCUGAGGGACAACAAUACCCUCCUCAAGCUGGGCUACCAGUUUGAUCUGCCAGGCCCCAGGAUGACCGCCACCAGUAUUCUGACUCGCAACCAGGACCGACAGAGGCAGAGACGGAUGCAACAACAGAGGGAGAAAGGCCAUCCAGAAGCAACAGUCCAGCCCAGGGCCGAUGCCGGGACAACAGGCCUAGUUUCUGGAUCGCCUCCUUCAAACAAACCACCCUGGUUCUCUCCAAAACAUGCGAGGAAUGACCAGACCCCAAAUAACAUCCCUCCUCCGCCUCCCCCUCCUCCACUCCCUGGCCUUCAGUCUGAGAGGAAUACACCAACCAGGAAGAUUGCAGAGAUGAUCAAACAACAUGAAGGAAGUACAAAGAGUCAAUCAGGCCAAAAGAAACCCAAAUCCAAGAGGGGCAAAAAUGGGGCCAACAAGAAGUGCAGCUCUGACAUUCUCAAGGAGCUGAAGAAUGCCUUGAAGCCUUCUGCACGAAAGAAGAAAGACAACCCACCCCGGCCACUAGCACCUCUGAGCUCUACCCGUGAUGAUCUGAUGGCGGCCAUUCGUGGUAGCAGCAUUAGAUCACUCAAAAGGGUGACUCUCCAGCAGGAUCUAUGUUAACGUUGUGGUGGGAGAAAGGAAUAUCCAACCUGAUCAAGAGCUGUUCUCCACAAAUACAACACCCACUUCAUUCUGUAUUCAUAAAACAAAUAUGAAACAUUUGUUCCACAAAUGCUAAAUAUAUAAAUACAAGUAUAUUGAAAUAUAAUUUGUUUAUGUAUUACUAUGAAACUUUCUGCUUGGAAAACUGUUGACACAUUUCACAUGUGAUUUUGCUAGUGUUAUGUAAAUAUUUUCCUGUCAUGUAGUGAAAAAUACUACACUGGACGUGAUUACAUAUUAUGAACGGGUGGCAAUUUAUAGAUUUAAGGCACAAUCCAUAAUAUUACUGCUGUUCAAUAGUCAUUUCAAUUAAUGAUUUAGACCCAUUGAUUCAUCACAGAAAUCUUAACUACAAACUGGCUAAAUGUAGGCUUAUGGAAGAUCCAAAAGAUAACCCUUAUCCCAUCCUAGCCAGGAUUAAACUGACUUGGAACAAAAUUAGAACACAUUAAUGCUAUCUAUAACUAUAUCACCUCUAAUCCCGCCUUGCAGCUUCAUGUGUAUCUUGGAAUUGUUCCCAAUUCAUUAAAGUGAAUUUUGCAGCUGUUCAAGGCUAACACAUUUUCCCACAAGAGGUGGUCUCUUUGUAUAACCCACUAGUCUCGGAGAGAGAACCCUUAUAAUUGUAGUGUGUCAUAUAUUUAAAAGCCUUUUCAAUGAAAUGGCAUAAAUUGACAUUUUUAACUGUGGAAAAUGUAAUUUAAACAAGAUUCAUAGGGCUGGGAAUGGAGUGAAAGACAAAGUGAGGAAUAGCGUUAUAGUGUUACUGACAGGUUAUGACAGUGACAUGUCAGACGCACCACAGGAAGAAUUGGAACAAAUGCUUAAAAUAAGGUACAGAGUGACAAUACAACUUCACUCAAGCAAAGUAAUUCAGUUUAGGGUAGGCAUCUGUAAAAGGUUGAACAACUAUUGUCAUAAUUUCAAUAAAAAUCAGAUUUUUCAGUUCUAUUUUUACCUUGUAUGUUGCAGGCUAAAGUGGUGGCCACAAAGCCCUUCCCCUUUAAUUAAAGAGACCCUCGCCUUCCCUCUGA